CUCAAACACACACACACAAUGAUGGAUGUUUCACAACCCCCGCCUCAAUUGACGGCACCAUCACAUUUAGCCACCAACAUCAGUGUACCUCCUCCCAUGCCAGGUUCUCAUGGCCAUUACCGACCCCAUUAUCAUCACGGCCAUCAUGGUAAUCCGAAUAAACCAUAUUUCAAAUCAUUUGGCGGUGGUGGCUUCCAGCGUCCGCAUCAAAUGACCCAGGAUGAUUUCGAUGGCAAACGUUUGCGUAAAAGUGUUAUGCGUAAGACUGUUGAUUAUAAUGCCUCCAUUGUUAAGAAAUUGGAUGCCCGCCUCUGGCAGCGAGAUCAUCGUGACCGUUAUGCCCUACAACCGGAAAAUAUAUAUGUUCCCGAGUUGUUACCACCAUCUAGUUAUUUGGAUAAUCCCUCCAAUGCUGUUACAACAAGAUUUGUUAAGACUGCCACAAAUAAAAUGCGUUGUCCCAUUUUUACGCUGGCCUGGACACCGGAAGGUCGCCGUUUAGUUACCGGUGCCAGUUCAGGGGAAUUUACUCUCUGGAAUGGUUUAACAUUUAAUUUUGAAACUAUUUUACAAGCCCACGACACAUCAGUACGUACAAUGGUAUGGUCUCACAAUGAUAGCUGGAUGGUGACCGGUGAUCAUGCAGGUUAUGUUAAAUACUGGCAAUCGAAUAUGAACAAUGUGAAAAUGUUCCAGGCCCACAAGGAAGCAAUUAGGGGAAUAAGCUUCAGUCCGACGGAUAGUAAAUUUGUUAGCUGUAGUGAUGAUGGUACUCUGCGUAUAUUCGAUUUUCUUCGUUGCCAAGAGGAAAAAGUUUUAAGGGGUCAUGGUGCUGAUGUCAAAUGUGUCCAUUGGCAUCCCCAGAAGGGUUUGAUUGUAUCGGGAAGUAAAGAUAAUCAGCAGCCCAUCAAAUUAUGGGAUCCCAAAAGUGGUACAGCUUUGGCUACAUUACAUGCCCACAAAUCGACUGUGAUGGACUUGAAAUGGAAUGAUAAUGGCAAUUGGUUGAUAACCGCCUCCCGAGAUCAUUUACUCAAACUGUUCGAUAUACGCAACCUCAAAGAGGAGGCUCAGGUGUUUCGUGGCCACAAAAAGGAAGCCAGUUCUGUGUCAUGGCAUCCCAUACAUGAGGGCCUGUUUUGUUCGGGAGGCUCGGAUGGUUCCAUACUGUUUUGGAAUGUGGGGACCGACAAAGAAAUCGGCUGUGUUGAGACGGCCCAUGACAGCAUUGUCUGGACAUUGGCUUGGCAUCCGUUGGGCCACAUCUUGUGUUCCGGCUCGAAUGAUCACACAAUUAAAUUUUGGACACGCAAUCGGCCAGGUGAUUUAAUGAGAGACAAAUAUAAUUUGAAUACCCUGCCGGCCAGUUUAGCGGCCUUGGAUGAUGGUGAAUAUGAUGAUGCCAUCAUUCCCGGCAUGGGACCGGAAGAUAAGGUCGAAUUCACAGAGAGUUUAACAGCCGAUAAAGGUUUCAUACCCGGUCUUGAUUUGGAUCCAUCGAAAAAUCCAAAUCGUGAAGCGGAAAAGAAGGUACCCUACAGCAAACCUAUACCACGUAACUUCCAGGCCCAAUGGGCUGGAACACGUCGUCCCGAUGAUAUGGAUGAUGAUGGUUACAGUGUUCGUGAUCGAAGGCAGGAUAAGGGCGAUCUGACACCGCAACAGAUUAGUGAAAAUGCCAUAGAGGGAAUGUUGGCAAGUGGUGUACUGACCACAAUGGAUCCUCAGGCCAUUGUGGGUAUAUUGGUAUAUGGACGCUUUAUAAGGGUGCAUCCUGAUUCAAGACUUAUGUUGGCUGUACGCCAAGGACCGGAUUAUCUAAAUAAUUAUAUAGAUGCGGGUAAAUUGGAGGAGUUGAGAGAUGUUGUACCGGCUAGGGAUCGUUCACGAUCAAUGUCUCCCACCUUGGAGGGUAGAGAAAGUUCUCCGCCCUCAAAGAAAAGUCGCUUCGAACCGAGACAACAUAAUCCGCAAGCGGUGUUUGUUAAGGAGUUGUUAAGUCUAAAGAAACCUUUCCUGCCAUGUUUGUUGAAUCUGAAGUCGCAGCCACCGGUGGAGCAGCGUAUGACAGAUUCACCACAACCCAAUAGCAACAACAAUAAUAAUAACAGCAACAACAGCAGCUUUCAAUCACAAUCUCCGGGGCCAUGGGCAAAUAAUUCGGGUCCUUGGAAUAAUUCCUCAAAUGGUCCCAAUCAAAAUGGCUUUAAUAACAAUAACAACAACAAUAGCAAUGAUAAAAAUAAUGACAUGUAUUCCAAUCAGCCGAACAACUCCAAUAACAAAGCGAAUUCCAACAAUAGCAACAACCAAAAUAAUCCGAACAAUAAUAGGCGGAAUCGACGUGGCAAUCGUGGUAAUGAUGGUGGUGGCGGAGGAGGAGGCGGCGGUCGUAAUCGUGGUCGCAACAAUCGAAGAUUUUAA